AUGAAUUCAACUACGGAAACUGCAAAAUACACACAGCGGCUACAGACUGACAGCGACUGGAACCACUGGUUCAACAACUUACAGAUGCUGGCAAACGUUCAUGAAGUCUGGGACUAUGUGAAUCCAAAAGGAACCAAGAUUAAUACUAAGCCAAGAUUGGAAUUCCCAGACCCAAAAGACCUCAGACAAGAAGAACGAGCAAACUAUAGCAACGUUAUCAGCUAUAGAAAAGCUAUCUAUCAAGAAGAAAAAGACCAAUACAACCAGGUUCGGCGAAGUCUUCUAGAAAUUCACAGUUGGAUCAUGAACACUGUAGCAGCCACUUAUAUCAGCCAAGUCAGCAAGGAGCAAACAGUCAGGGAUAUCAUAAAAGCUCUUGAAAAACAGCUAGCGCCAGACAACUUUGGGAGACAACAAAUAGUAUUGGAAAGAUAUAACAAGCAUAUGCUAUCAAUCAAAAGAGCAAAACUUGGAGGAUGGCUCAUAAUCUAUCGAGAAAUCAUGGAUGAAGCCCAAACAAUCGGAAUCCCUGCUCUCAGCGAUCCAGUUACUCAAGUCUCUGAGUUCUUGAAAGCAGUCAAGCAAAUUGCACCAGAUUACUAUACAUCUGCCUCUUACGACUUCACAAAGCGAUACAAGGAUGACCCAACCUACAGUUCGAUCAGCAAGACUGCUGGAAUUGAGCAAGCUAACGAUUUCCGCAGUUGGCGAAUUAUCCUAUUGAAGUGGGUAUUUACAUAUAAGGGCAGCAAAGGAUAUCUCAAGAAGUUCAAAGCGAGGAUCUGUGUUCGAGGAGAUCUCCAACCGACAAAUGAACUAGAGACCUAUGCCUCAACGCUUGCUGGUAUAUCGCUGCGAAGUCUCAUGGCAAUUGUGGCGAGAUUUGACUUAGAGACUCUUCAAUUGGACGCAGUCAACGCAUUUACACAUGCCACAAUUGAUGAGGAAGUCUAUGUUUGGUUUCCUCCAGGAUUCAGACAAGAGGGAUACUGUCUUGCCCUGCGAAAAGCACUAUAUGGAUUGAGACGAAGCCCACUGCUAUGGCAAAAGAAUCUGGAGAGAUCAUUCAAGAAGCUUGGCCUUAUCCCACUCCAAGAAGAUGACUGUAUCUACACCAAUCAAUACUUCAUAGUAUUCCACUUUGUGGACGAUAUUGGGCUUAUAUACCAUAAAAAGCAUGAAACCAAAGUAAAAGAAGCAGUUCAACAACUCAAAAAGGAGUAUGAAAUGAAAGAUAUGGGAGAAUUGAGUAUCUUCCUAGGAGUCAGAAUAAUAAGAGAACGAAAAACCCGUCAACUAUGGAUGAGUCUCGACAACUAUAUAUCUAAGGUCACUGAAGAAUUCAAGAUCAGAACCUCAACCAAGCGACGCCAAACACCUAUGGCAAUAGAUAACCUGGUCCUAAGUCCUGGUCAGGCUACGCCAGAGGAAAUCAACUACUAUCAACGGAAGGUUGGAUCAAUCAACUAUGCUGGAGUGAUUGGCAGACCAGAUAUAGCUCGAACAAGCUCGAGACUAGCAGAAUUCCUAUCAAAUCCAUCUUCUGAACACCAGAAAGCAGCAUAUGAAUGCUUACAAUAUCUUGAGGACAACAAAUACCUCGCUAUCGAGUUCAACUGCAAAGGGAAAGGAGUCCUCUACUGCGCCUCAGACGCUUCAUUCGCUGAUGACUCUGUCACUCGAAAAAGCACUCAAGGAUAUGUGAUGAUGCUAUUCGGAGGUCCAAUUCAUUGGAAAGCAGUCAAACAACGAAGAGUAGUCACUUCAAGCACAGAAGCUGAGCUUGCUGCUUUGACAGCAGCCACAAGAGAAUAUAUGGCAACCAUUCGACUCAUGGAACAAUUGAAUCUCCAAUUAGAUGAUAAAUACAUCAUGCAAUGCGACAAUAAGCAAACUCUUCGACUAUUGAUUGCUGAAAGACCCCAAGCGACUAGCAAAUUACGCCAUAUCAAUAUCAACAACUUAUGGCUUCGCCAGGAAUUACAGAAGGGAUCAAUUGACUUUCAAUGGGUUCCAACCAACGAAAUGGUGGCAGACGGUAUGACUAAAGCAAUGCCAGCCCAAAAACACAACCACUUUAUCGCCCAAUUGGGUAUGGCGAAUAUUGAACAUUUGAUCGAGAAGAACGCAGUAUGA